UCAAACACUGUCCCUGAGAGUUCUCUAAGUUCCCUGCAAUCUGUACAGGAGAGAAAGAGGGAGAGAGAGGGAGAAAGAGAGAGACAGAGAGAGCCAGGGACCAGGUAAAGCGGUGGGGCUCCUGCAACCACUCAGCCCCUAGGAGCUGGGAACUCGCCCAGGAUGCAGAAGGCCCUGAAGCUGGUCAAGGAUGAGGACUUCAGCUUGGGUGCGGAGGGCGCGCCCCGCUUCCCCCACAGCCUCCAGCCGGCCCUUUCCCGGGGGAAGGCGCCCCCCAGACACCCCUUCCCAGAAGCUCUCCGGGGCCCAUUCUCCCAGUUUCGGUAUGAGCUUCCGGCAGCCGGGGACCUGGACGAGUUCCCGGGGGUCUUCGAAGGCAGUGGCUCCCGGAAGCGGAAGAGCAUGCCCACCAAGAUGCCUUCCGCCCAGCCGGCGGAGGAAGCCACGCUCGCCCUCACGCCCGAGGGCGCCCAGAGCCACGGCCCCCCCAGCCUCCCGAUGCUCUUCCCGCCUCCGCCUCCGCCGCCGCCGGCGCCCCGGGCCUCGCACCCCAAGCGCGACUCUCAGAUGAUCGACUUGUGCCACGUGGGCUUCCAGUUCUGCCGCACCCUGGAGCACCUGGAGGGCAAAGCCAUCAAGCGGGAGCCGCUCAAGCCCAGCGCCGUGUGGGCCCAGCCGGCGCCCCCCGCCUUCCUGCCCACGCCCUACCCCUACUACCCCAAGAUGCCCGCGGGCCUGGUGUUCCCCCUGCUGGUGCCGGCGGCCUCGCCCUUCCCCUUCGGCCGGCACGCCUUCCUGCCCAAGCCGGCCCCCGCCCCCGCCGAGGCCGCCGCCGCCGCUGCCGCCGCGGCGCUGCCCCGCAAGGCCGAGCCCCGCGAGGGUGAGGAGGCCGCGCCCAGGGCGCAGCGCGUGGACGUGAACGUGCAGAUCGACGACAGCUACCUGGUAGACGUGGGCGGCCCGCAGAAGCGCUGGCAGUGCCCGACCUGCGAGAAGUCCUACACGUCCAAGUACAACCUGGUGACGCACAUCCUGGGCCACAGCGGCAUCAAGCCGCACGCCUGCGCGCGCUGCGGCAAGCUCUUCAAGCAGCUCAGCCACCUGCACACGCACAUGCUCACGCACCAGGGCACGCGGCCCCACAAGUGCCAGGUGUGCCACAAGGCCUUCACGCAGACCAGCCACCUGAAGCGCCACAUGAUGCAGCACAGCGAGGUGAAGCCGCACAACUGCCGCGUGUGCGGCCGCGGCUUCGCCUACCCGAGCGAGCUCAAGGCCCACGAGGCCAAGCACGCGGGCGGGCGCGAGAACAUCUGCGUGGAGUGCGGCCUUGACUUCCCCACGCUGGCCCAGCUCAAGAGGCAUCUCACCACCCACCGGGGCCCCAUCCAGUACCACUGCUCCGAGUGCGACAAGACCUUCCAGUACCCGAGCCAGCUGCAGAACCACAUGAUGAAGCACAAGGACAUCCGGCCCUACAUCUGCUCGGAGUGCGGCAUGGAGUUCGUGCAGCCGCACCACCUCAAGCAGCACUCGCUCACUCACAAGGGUGUGAAAGAGCACAAAUGUGGGAUCUGUGGGCGGGAGUUCACCCUGCUGGCCAACAUGAAGAGACACGUGCUGAUCCAUACCAAUAUCCGUGCCUACCAGUGCCACCUGUGCUACAAGAGCUUCGUGCAGAAGCAGACCCUCAAGGCUCAUAUGAUCGUCCACUCAGAUGUGAAGCCCUUCAAGUGCAAGCUGUGUGGGAAGGAAUUUAACCGGAUGCACAACCUGAUGGGCCAUAUGCACCUACACUCGGACAGCAAACCCUUCAAGUGCCUCUACUGCCCGAGCAAGUUCACCCUGAAGGGAAACCUGACUCGCCAUAUGAAGGUCAAACAUGGAGUGAUGGAGCGUGGCCUCCACUCUCAAGGUUUGGGAAGGGGAAGAAUCUCCCUGGCACAGACAGCGGGUGUCCUGAGGGAUCUGGAGCAGGAGGAGCCUUUUGACUUGUCCCAGAAGCGUGGGGUGAAGAGGCCCUUGUUCAAUUCGGAUGAAGAGAGUGCUCAGGGCAGCCCUUGCCACGAGGAAGAGGAAGAUGAUGAUGGUGACAACUGCUGUGAGGUGGAACCUAUCAGCCCUGGUGUGCCCCCAGAGACCCAGCAGCUCUGUGCACCCCAGGAUCUAUCUACCAAGCCUGAGCAGGGUCUCCAGGGGCCAGGAGAAGCCUGCAAGGAAGAGGAGGAUGGGCCCAAAGAACAGGAGGAGAGGAGCAAGGACCUUGAGGGCACCGAGGGCAGCCAAGAGAGAGACUGUGCCCACAAGGAUGAGCGCCUUGCAUUUUUCCAAAGCACCCGGCGGGGCCCCUCUUUUUCUGAUUACUUAUACUUCAAGCACCGAGAUGAGAGUUUUAAAGAAUUACUGGAGAGAAAAAUGGAAAAACAAGCAGUGCUUUUGGGUAUCUAAAAUGGAGAGUUUUCAAAUUACCUUUGGAAAAUGAGAACUAGGUCAUUCAAAUACAGCUUUCUGCAUGAAUAGUCAUUUGCUGGGGAUUGGAGAGUGGCGUCAAUCUUUACAAAUGGCUCAGACUAAAUGAGCAGGUAAUGUAAAUGCAUCUACAGCCCUGCAUACUUUGAACACACACAGGGUCUUCAAGGAUGUUUUAUACAGCAGCCAUGUAAUAACUACGCAUAUUCUUCUAGCUAUCUAGUUAAUUGUAAGCUGAUUCUGAGGUGCUGUUAGAAGUUUUCUUUUGACUAACACUCAACAUAUAGUAAAUUUUCUUCUAGCCACAAAAAC